AUGUCCACAACCACCGCCCUCGUCCUCCACGGCGCCAAAGAUCUCCGCGUGAUGAAAAUACAGGAACAACGCCCCCUCCCCACUCCCACCGCAAACGAAGUCCAAGUCUCCAUCAACGCAACCGGCCUCUGCGGCUCCGACCUACACUACUACACGCACGGACGCAACGGCGACUUCAUCGUCCGCGAACCCCUAUGUUUGGGCCACGAGUCCUGCGGGACCGUAACAGCCCUCGGCGACUCCGUAACCAAUCUCUCCAUCGGCGACCGCGUCGCACUGGAAGUCGGACUUCCCUGCCGCACCUGCGCACUAUGCAAACAAGGCCGGUACAACAUCUGCAAAUCCAUGCGGUUCCGCAGCUCAGCCAAGACCUUCCCGCACCUAGACGGCACGCUGAUGGAGCGCACGAACCACGAGGCUAGUAUGUGUCACCUGCUGCCGGAGAGCGUUAGUGAUGCGGGCGGUGCGCUGGUUGAGCCGUUGGCUGUUACGUUGCAUGCGAUUAGACGGUCGCGGCCGCCGAGUGUUCAGGAGGUUGAAAGUAACAGGGAGGCGGGGGUUGAGACUGCGGCGCUGGUUUUUGGUGCUGGCGCUAUUGGACUAUUGCUUGCUGGGGCUUUGGCGGCUGGGGAGAACUUUUCGUCGAUUGUUGUUGCUGAUAUUGAUGAGCGCAGGCUGAGGAUUGCGGAGAGUAUGGGGCUUGGGUUGAAGACUGUGGUUAUUCCGAGGGGGGGUGCGAAGCCGGAGAAUGUGGAUCAGACGGCAUAUGCGCUGGAGAAUGCGCAGAGCGUUGCGGGUGUGUUGGUGGAGGCUGCGGGGACGGAGGGGGCGCUUAAGGUUGAUAUGUUUAGUCGGGUUUAUGAUUGUACGGGUGUGCCGGCUUGUGUGCAGGCGGGGAUUUAUGCUAGUGCGCCUGGGGGUGUGUUGGUGCAGGUUGGCAUGGGACAUCCGGUUCAGACUUUGCCGGUUGGGGCGGCGGCUUUGAGGGAGGUUGAUAUUAUUGGUGUGUUCCGGUAUGAUGGGUUUGCUUAUCCGGCUGCUAUUAAGUUACUGGCUAGUGGGAAGAUGAGGAGUGUGGAGGAGAAGGUCGUUACGCAUAGGCUUCGGUUUGAGGAGGGAGAGAGGGCUUUUGAACUUGCUGGGAAGGGGGUUGAUGAGGAGGGGAACCCUGUUGUUAAGGUUGUUAUUGAGGGCAAGAACUGA